CCUUGAUGGAUUCACUCGAAACUCAGUCUCGAGAUGUGCAGGAACGAACCUUUUGCAAAUGGCUUAACAGCAAGCUCGAAUCCCAAGGCUACCCGCUCAUGACCUCGCUGGUCAAGGAUCUUUCUGACGGCGUGAAGCUGAUCCAACUCAUGGAAAUCAUGGGAGAUACUUCUCUAGGCCGCUUCAACAAGGUCCCAAAGAUGCGAGUUCAGAAGGCAGAAAACGUGAAUAAAGCUCUGGAAUUCAUACGAUCACGGGGUGUAAAGCUCACUAACAUAGGUCCGGAAGAUAUAAUUGAUGGGAAUCUGAAACUGAUUCUGGGGAUGAUAUGGACGCUCAUACUACGGUUUACAAUAGCGGACAUCAGCGAAGAAGGUCUAUCGGCCAAAGAAGGCCUGCUCUUGUGGUGCCAACGCAAAACUGCAAAUUACCCGGAAGUGAACGUCGUUGAUUUCGGCUACAGCUGGUCUGACGGUCUAGCGCUAUGCGCUCUCAUCCAUCACCACCGUCCAGACUUGUUGGACUACCAUUCGCUUGAAAAGGCGGACACCCACCGUGUGAUCCAGCUAGCGUUCGAUGUGGCCGCACAUCAUCUCAGCAUACCACAACUAUUGGAAGUUAAGGACCUCGCGGAUGCCCGCCCUCCUGAUGAGCGCAGUGUCAUGACCUAUGUUGCCUCAUACUUUCAUGCAUUUUCUUCUAUGGGCGAGUAUCAACAAGAGACAGUAUCCCGACGCGUCGAGAAAUUCGCUGAACUCAUGCAUUCUGUCUGGCUGAGCAAGAAUGAUUACGAGCGACGCAUCGAAAAGCUGCUGCAUCAGUUGCGUGACAAGGAACAAGAAUGGCUGUCAACUCCUUUCACAGGAACAUACGAGGACGCCAAGACGCAGUCCAAUACAUUUCUGUUGUAUAAACAGACCAUGAAGAGGGAUUGGGUGGCAGAAAAGCAGGACCUGGGUACUUUGUUGGGUAAUGUCCAAACCAAGUUAAAGACGUACAAUUUGCGACCGUACGAACCUCCCGACGGACUGGAUCUUGCGGGGUUGGAUACCGCUUGGCUUUGUUUGUUAGAAUGCGAGGGGAAGAGAUCCAGGGCUGUCAAUGCGCAGAUUCGCAAUAUAAAGGAGACCCUGCGCCAGACGUUCGCGAAUGAAGCUAACGCAUACGAACAACAGUUGAGAAAGGUUGCAGCUGAUCUCGCGGCUUUGGACGGCCCACUAGAAACUCAACGAACACAACUCCAAGCAAUCAGCGCCGACCUGGAGCCGUUGCUUCUUCGACUCGUGACUCUGGAACGAGCAGAACAAGAUUGCCAAUCAGCAAACGUCGAAGAAAACGAUCACACCGUGUUCAACUACCAGGAUUUGCAGUUCGAGUUUCGUCUACUUCAGCAAGCAAUCUCAAAGAAAGUCGCAUUCAUUGAUAAUCAGAUUGUUUCUCGCAAUAUGUCAAACUUGACGCCAGCACAGCUGGAGCAGUUUGAGAGUACAUUCCGAUAUUUUGACAAGGACGAGACAAAUACGCUUAGCAUGGGAGAAAUGGCGGCUGCUCUGGCGAGCCUUGGUAUUGUGUAUUCGGACGAGGAUCUGGAAACUAUAUUCACCCAGUUAGGAGAGGAGUACGGGGCUGUAACUUUUGCGGCCUUCGUAAAUCUUCUUGUGGAAAUCACGGAAGAUCAAACGUCCCCAGAACAGCUUCGUGAUGCCUUCAGAUCACUUGCAGGAGAAAAGGGGUUCAUGACAGAAGUGGAUCUUCAACAGGCAGUGCUGUCUGCGUCUGCUGUAGCCUAUCUGCGAGAGGUAAUUCCGUUAUCAUCGGAUCCAGUGGAUCAUCUGGACUACGAAAUGUGGCUCGAUGAAGUAUUUCCAGAGCCUGAAUCAUGAGAAUCAAAUGUUGUAACAGCG